GUGUAGCUGACCACACUGUGCUCACAGCUAUGUGUGAAGACACGCACAGCACGCCAAAGAAUCAGCAGCACUGAUUCUAAUGCUCGCUUUCUUCCAGGACCGAUCGCAUUGCAGACCCAUCCCUCUCUCUCUCUCUCUCUCUCUCUCUCUCUCUCUCUCUCUCUCUCUCUCAAUCUCUGUCUUACACUCUGUUUCUCUGUGUGUCUCUCUUCCUUGUAAUUGUACAACGGUAUAGAGCUGGAAUAGAAGGGAAAAUACCCUCUCUCUCUUCCUCACACUCUCUCUCACUCUCUCUUUCUUUCUAUCUUUGUGUCCUGCGGUGGGAUAAGCUGUGAGAGGAUGAGCCCCUGAUCCAGCGCUGGACCCAAGUGACCUGACAGCUCAAACUAACAUUAUCCAGUCAAGAUAUUUUGUGAGCUGAAUCCUAGUUUCAGGAAGCAGUGAGGAGCAUCCAGUGUUCACAACAAAGUUCCUGAUCUGGUUGAUCAGACACAGCUACUUGCUACGUUUAGAGUGGGCCUUCUCUUCUCAGGCUCAGAGAUCUGCGUGGCAGCAGUGAGUUCAUUACCGUUCAGCCACAGCCCGCUGUACAUGGAGACCCCGAGCUGGGCAGAAACUAAACCAGGAAACGGGCUGUGUAAAACCGGAAACAUUGCUCUCUUUGGAAACGUAGUGUACAGUGGGCUGCUGAACGAUCACUUCUGGCACUUCGGGGUUCCCCUUGUCACAAGACUGGGUAACCAGGAGGCACCAGCCCCUCCAGAGGCCAUGGCUCAGCCGUAUGCCCCGGCACAGUACCCCCCUCCGCCACCUCAGAACGGGCUGCCUGGCGAGUACGCCCACCCCGGGCAGGAGUACACAGGGCCGAACCCGGUGCCUGACCAUGCUGCUGCCCUCACCAUCUAUACAACCACACAGACACACAGUGAUCCAACCGGUACUGAGAACAGCACGUCCUCACUCACAGCACCCAACAACGUUCCAGCAGAUGAGGUGGCGCAGACAGAGGGCUCCCAGCAGCUCCAACUCCAGCCCUCAGACUCUUCGGAGAAGCAGCAGCCCAAGCGGUUACAUGUCUCCAACAUUCCAUUCCGCUUCCGUGACCCAGACCUCCGGCAAAUGUUCGGGCAAUUUGGGAAAAUUUUAGAUGUGGAAAUUAUUUUUAACGAGCGGGGCUCUAAGGGCUUUGGUUUUGUAACUUUUGAAACAAGUGCAGAUGCAGACCGUGCAAGGGAGAAACUAAAUGGUACAAUCGUAGAGGGACGCAAAAUUGAGGUUAAUAACGCAACAGCACGAGUAAUGACAAACAAAAAAGUGGCUAACCCCUACACAAAUGGCUGGAAGUUGAACCCAGUGGUGGGAGCUGUCUACAGUCCUGAAUUUUAUGCAGUUACAGGCUUCCCAUACCCAACUACAGGUGCAACAGUGGCAUAUAGAGGUGCCCACUUGAGGGGCCGGGGUCGUGCAGUCUACAACACGUUCCGUGCCGCACCUCCACCUCCUCCCAUCCCUGCUUAUGGAGCUGUGGUUUACCAAGAUGGCUUCUAUGGUGCCGAGAUCUAUGGUGGCUAUGCAGCAUACAGGUAUGCCCAACCAGCCGCAGCAGCUGCAGCAGCUUACAGUGACAGCUAUGGCAGAGUCUAUGCAACAGCAGACCCUUAUCACCACACGAUUGGACCUGCAGCCACAUACAGUGUGGGCACUAUGGCUAGCCUAUACAGAGGAGGGUACAGUCGCUUCACUCCAUACUAAAGACAGAAAAUUCAUCCCCAGACAAAACAAAAAGCAAACAAAAAUGCAAACAACCCACCUUCUCCUUUCCUGGGAAACUAAAUAGAACAAAAUGCUUCCAGGUUGCCACCAACCCCAACUUGUACACUCUUUCAAGUCAAACCUUUUAACAUUUGUGCUAUUUUUUUCUCAUGUUUUUCCAAUAUGUGUGUUGUGUGUGUGUGUGUGUGUGUGUGUGUGUGUGUGUGUGUGUGUGUGUGUGUGUGUCACUGUGGUAUUGAUUUGGAAUCUGUUUUGUUUGUAUUGAAAUGCGUGGGCCAAGACAGGAGGGGCUGAAUGACAGCUUGUGGGGAGGAGAGGUGCUGUUCAAUGAGCUUUCUCAUUUAGUCUGGCCUUAGAUUUAUGGCCAUGAGCUCAGCUGAUUUAUGUUAUGAGGGAGUGAAAGGAGAGAGCCUCGCACUGGCUUUAUGUCUAUUACUCAAUGGCACUGCACUAAGCAACAUGUGCAAAAGCAACUAUCUGGCCAGAAACACAAUUCUCUGCAUUUGCUUGACUAAAGCAAAAAAAAAAAAAGAAAAGAAAAGAAAAAAAAGAAGAAGAAACAGCCAUCUGGUUGUACCACAAGCAUUCAAAUUGUGUUUUGGUAGGAAUGAUGCAUACAGUAUGAACAUGCUACCAUUGCAACUGUUUUAUUUUCGCUUAUGAGCUUGGUGCUAGCCUAUCACGAUAUUGCACCCUUCAAACUCAUUUUAACAAUUUUUUAGAAGCAAGUAUGAAUUUUGAAGUUAUUUGUUUUAAAAUGGAACACUAUAAGCUGCUUCUCUGUUAAAUAAGGUGCAUCUGUUAUAACAUUUUCUGUUUUACUUAUCAAUGCUCAUUGGCACAGCUCUUUCCUCACCUUCCAGGGAGCCAAUACAAUGUCUUUAUGCCACUUUUACCUUUUUAUUUAACCCUGAUUCAAAAACCCAUGUUGAUGUUAAUGUGAAGUUUUAAUGUAUUCCUUUUAAGAAAAACUAUCCUGUUAACAUAAACGUAUUCCAUUUCUACAGACCAGGACAAAAUAUACAAUUUAUUUAGUUUCUUUCUUUUUUUGUUGUUGUUGUUUAUCUCUCAUGAAAAUUGCUGAUGUUCUCAAUGCUUGCCACCAAGGGUUUGUAAUCAUAUACAUCUAACUUAAGAAAUAUAAACUUUACCAUAAUGGCAGUAUAUUCAAAUAUAAAUGGAACAAAAAUAGUUCUCUGUAAAAUCUCUUUUAGGAAACAGAGCUCAUGAUUAAGUGCCCUAAACAAGACUGAGUGUGAGUGUGCACUUAAUCACAGCUAUUAUCUCCAGCACUUAUAUCAUUCUGUAAAUAAACAAAGAGUAUUAAUAUCCCAAAACCAAAAGCGCUUUGGUACUACAUGGUCUGUUGCACCCUCUAGCUGAUAAAAUCUUGAAAUCCCACUGCAGCAUAAAUGAAGACAGUGAAGGCAGAGCAGGGCGCUGUUGAAAUAUUCAUUGCUGUUGUGGCACACACUUCUUCUUAAAGGUCACUCUUGCAAUGAGAUGCUGAAAUACAAUCAUGAGAUAAAACUGUUAAAAAAAAAAAAAGGGAAAAAAGUGCCAAGUAAGUUUAAAAUGAGAAACAAGGAGGCUUCCCUUUCCCCCUGAGAUUCUGCACAUUUUGCAGAGAUGAAGCACUGUAGGAUACUGAGCAACAUGUUCAGCUAUUGAUUUGCUGCUAUGGUACUUGUUAAGUGCUUGGUGUGUCCCACCAAGUCAUAUAUUUCUGGACCAUUAUUAGCUGGCCAAAAAAUGUAUAGGUGGCUUCAGAAUCCUUAAUAAGACAGUGAAGAUUUAAGAGUUCUUUCAAAGCGGAAGGGAGAGUAAGAUGAAUAGGGCCUGGUUUUGAAAAAAUCAAUCGAACCUUAUCAGACAUGGUCUGUACCUCCUCUCAGGUAAGAUCCAUAUGUUAACCAUGUCACGCUAUCCUAGAUUGAAUCACCCCGAGAGAGCGGUUGUUGCCCUUGAAAGAUAUUUAGUUUGUCAUCUGCUUUCAUGGCUUUACAUGAACAUACCCCUAACUAAGAGGAUAUUCUAGCAUUCUAGUAGCGUUUCUUAUGAAUCAUGCCCUUCUGCCAGCUGAGAAGCUUUCUCUCAAGCUGACAUUGUGCUCCAACCCAGCACUUUGUAGAAAGCCAGCGAUAAGACAUGCUAGGCCUUUAGAGAACAUACUGUGAGAAAGUGCAUGUAGGAGAGAGAACGAGUGGGAGAAGCCAAUAAUCCUUUCUGUGAAAUAGGGCCUCUCUCGUUUCCAAGUUGUUCGGGGCGUUGAUCAUGUCCCUGAGGCUCAGAAGCAGCUCACAUCCCCAUACACUGACACACACCCUGCCCAGUAAAUAGCUGCCUGCUCGCUUCAAAUGGAAUAGAAAGGUGGGAGUUAUAGAAGAAAGGGAGAAAAGAUUCAGGACGGAGGGGCAGCAUCCAAAGCAAUUUACUCCACAGAUUAAAGAUAACACCAUUGAGUCAAUAACCACUGAUCUCAUUUGAAGAUACACCGAGCUUACUCUGCGCACAGCACUACUGUUCGGCUCGUUCUAUUACCAUAGCAGUUGUGGCUUCAGACGCGCCAUUCUCCUGCUAGACUGAAAUCACAUGCAGCCUAUUGCAAACCAGUGAUUGGAUGCCACGCUUUCCCCUCUUUGAAGAAAAAACUUACGUACAACAUAAUAUUUCACUUAAAUAAGCACCCUUUUUCACACCCCACCACAACCUCUCCACCACUGCGAGCCUCAUCUUUAUCUUUAAAGAGAUUUUUUUUUAUUGUAUUGAUAAAAAGAAAUGCCAUUAAGCAGUUGCACACCCUCCCCUUUCCUUACUACUGUAAUGCUGGUUAAAUAUUUAAUCAGUUUCUUAUGAACACUGCUAAGAUAAUGGUGGCAACAUCAAGUACUAUUAUUAACUCAUUUAUCAUUGGUUUAAAACCAUACUGAUAUACUAACAAAUUCAUUGUACAGUUAGAAACAAAAGAGCUGAAGUCUAAACCGAGCACCUCAAAACACACCAAGUUUCAAUUUUGACACAGACAUGAAUUGUAUUUUGCUUUAUAAUAGAAAAAUUGCUUUUUUUUUGGAUGGUACCUCGAAACACAGUGCCUCCAAGCUAAAAAUAUUGCUAUUUCUUAGAUAACAACCAAGCUCUUUCUCUGUGGGAAUGGAAUACAAGACUAGUGCAACCAAAAUGACUGCUAACAUACACUGUAAAUAGCAAUGAAAUAUGUUUUACAUACAUGCUUGCACUUUUUUUAGUUUUAAACAAUUUCUUGUUUUGUUUAGUUAUUUUAUUUAUCCUUGUACAUAUCCAUUUUUUCUAACAAGGUCAAGCCUAGGUUGAUUAAAAAACAAAGCUGUAUACUUGUGUGUAACAAUAGAUGUCUUAGCAUAUUUAAGGAAGCAUAGCUCUGCUGUAGUACUUCGAACUUAAAGACAAAGCAAACAAUGUAUUCUUUCUUUCAUAACCUAAUACUAUAAGCCUACAGAUAUUCCAUUGUGAAUAUAUAGGGAUUGACUAUGAAAAAUGUUAAAUCAUAUUUCUUUAUACUGUUUUCCCAAAGUGAAAAGAGAACUGAUUGUCUAAAUAUGUCAUAGUAAUAACUCUGUGCUGUGCAACUGAACUAUUUAAAUGUGUUUAUAUGAGGUUUUCAAAUAACUUGAAGGUAAAGGUUAAAAGACUCCACUUUCAUUUUUACCAAAUAUAAUGCAAAAUGGAAGAAGUUCAGUUCAAUUUUUCUCAUUCAUUUGGCAGCAAAACUGUAAUUUGCCAUUGUGCAAGUCACUACAGGAAUGGCAAUUGCGUGCACAAAUAUGUCCAGACGGCAUGGGGCAUUAAAAUUAUAGAAAGAUGUUAAUUAUAUUUAUAAUAAAAUAUAAUAUAAUAUUAUUAUGAUUAUAAUAUAUACUAGGACUUAAUAAAUAUUGUAAAAGAUUUAUAAAAAAAAUGUAAAUUAUAAAAUAGUAUUACUUACUACUAUGGCAUUAUUUUGUUUAUUAGCAAUUUGUUAGAUAUUGGAACAUCCUAUCUAUUUCAAAGGUUUUAAUUUCACAAAUACCUCAUUAAACUAAACCUUACUUAUGUCCACAUAUGUUUAUUAAUUAAAACAUAGCAUAUUUAAAUGUUUGUUUGUUUUUUUUAACUGUUUUAGUUUGCGCUGUAUAUAAGGUUCAGUUCAUUUUUGCGUUUUGCUUUUGAAGUUCUGAGUUCUUUACAGCAGCCAGAAAUACUUAGCACAUAAAAGAAAACUUGUUUGCAUAAUGUGCCCUCCCCUUAUUUUGCACAUGAUGUAAUUCACACAAAAGAAAAUUGUAAAUCCCCUGCAACACGCCCCUUUUCUGCAUUUACAAUUAGUCCAGCUGCACACGCAAAUGAGUGCUCGUUAUUUUUAUUUUUUCAUUUGAGGAAAUCAGAGACCAAAUAUUUUAACCUUAAACCAUUCUAAAAAUACGUUAUUUUUAAUUGUACUUCUCAAAUCCUAAUGAUACAUAACUAUGCAGAAAUUUUCAAAACUGUCCAUUUUGAUUUCAGUGGUUCUUACUAAGAAAACAUUAAUUUACAGUAGGGGUAUUUUGUCUAUAUUAAACAGAAUUAUAUGCAUAAUACUGUAUUAUUACUCAAUUAUAAAUCCAUUAGCCAUUUGUGUGAUCCGGUAUUUAGAGUGUGAGGCUAAAUAGUGCUGAAAAAAAGAUGAGUGCUUAGAGGACAGUUUGCUGGCAUCAGUAUGAAUGUGUGGGCUUGUAGAUUGUCAUGAUGGAAGUCUUCAUUUUGCACGGAUGCUGCAGUGAGCCAUUAAAAGAUUGCCCGUGUAAUUGGCUCUUUUAAUGCAGUCAUUUAUAAGAUGGCACGAUGGGCCAAGGGCCAGUACAAAAUGGCUGCAUCAUUUCUGGAAUCUACCGUAUUCUUCUCAAACUAUGGUGACAAAAGUUUUAAAAUAGUCACCAGUUUCGGAAAGUGAAAAUGAGCAAAGAUUAUUUUCCGAACGCUAGAAUUUUUUAAAAAUGUUUUCCAAUGCAAUAAUAUAGUAAACGAAUCUGGACUGAUGAGCAAUGGACACUUAAAACAAAUGGCAAUAGAAAUGCUAUAGCCUCAUUUGUACACCUCAGAUAUGUGAAACAAACAUGUAUGCCCCUUUAUUGCUGCUACAUACAAACUGUCAUAAUGCACUUUUAAUUUAGUUAUGCAAUUACAGAGUGAUUUAAAGUCUAAUUACUGUGUAAAUAUAUCUUUUGUUUUCAUUUCAACAUGCAGUUUUCUUCUGCCAGGGGAUUUUUUUGUAAAUGUUUUUAAAAAGAAAAAUAAGCAAAAACUGUACUUCUAUGUAAACUAUAUUACAAUAUUAGAACCUCUUUUAUAUGUAUAAUCUGUCAUCUGUGUAUUUGCUGCUCAGUUCAUGUGCAAUGUGUACCGGACAUUUUCAGUGUUUCGGAUCAUACUGUGGGUUAAAAACAUUGUAAGAUUUUUUCACUUAUCUUAUUGGUUAUAGACUCUGACAAUUCUGUAGUUAUAGUUCUGUACACUUCUGUACAGUAUAGUAUUGUAAAGAUAUGUUUUUGUGUCAAAAUAAAAAUGGAAUUCUA